AGGAGGCGGGACUUCCGCGUUUGUGGGCGGAUCCGGGUGGGUGUUGAUUUGUCAGGAAUAAAGCGAUCAACACUGUAACGUUGUGAUUUUUGAUUCCGAAUAUUAAUCUAAAUAGCUCGUUGCGCUCACGGGGAAUCUGCAGUCAUGCCGGGAAUCGAUAAAUUACCUAUAGAGGAAACUCUGGAGGACAGUCCGCAGACUCGCUCUCUGCUCGGUGUGUUUGAGGAAGACACUGCAGCCAUAUCCAGUUAUUUCAGCCAGCUCUUCAAAGCCAUGCAGAGGAUCUACGACGCCCAGAAUGAACUGAGCGCUGCCACACAUCUGACGUCUAAAUUACUGAAAGACUACGAGAAACAGCGUUUUCCUCUGGGAGGUGAUGAUGAGGUCAUGAGCUCCACUUUGCAGCAGUUUGCCAAAGUCAUUGACGAGCUCAGCUCGUGUCACGCUGUUCUCUCCACUCAGCUCGCAGACGCCAUGAUGUUCCCCAUCACACAGUUUCAGGAGAGAGACCUGAGAGAAAUUGUCAUCCUGAAGGAAGUGUUUCAGAUUUCAAGUGAUGAUCACGACGCAGCCAUCAACAGAUACAGCCGUCUGUCUAAACGAAAGGAGAAUGAGAAGGUGAAGAAUGAAGUGAUGGAGGACGUCUACACGUCCAGGAAAAAACAGCACGAGACCACAAUGCACUACUUCGCAUCGCUCAACAUGCUGCAGUACAAGAAGAAGAUCGCGCUGCUGGAGCCGCUGCUGGGAUACAUGCAGGCGCAGAUCAGUUUUUUCAAACUGGGAUCAGAGAAUCUGACGCAGCAGUGGGAGGAGUUUCUCACUAACAUCGGAACCAGCGUGCAGAAUGUUCGCAGGGAAAUGGACAGCGACGCUGAAGCGACGGAGCAGACGAUUCAAGACCUAAAAGCAGCCAGUGACCCGCUCUACAUGCCCGACCCGGACCCCAACCAGAUCCCGGUGAACCGCAACCUGACCCGCAAAGCUGGCUACCUCAACACUCGCUAUAAAACAGGUCUGGUGUCGUCUGCCUGGGAGCGGCAGUAUUUCUUCACGCAGGGAGGAAACCUCAUGAGCCAGUCGCGUGGAGCCGUGGCCGGAGGUCUCGUUCUGGACAUCGACAACUGCUCCGUCAUGGCUGUGGACUGUGAUGACCGACGCUUCUGCUUCCAGAUCACAGCUUUUGAUGGCAAGAAGGCCGUCAUAUUACAGGCGGAGAGCAGGAAAGACUGCGAGGAGUGGAUUGCAACAAUAAACAACAUCUCUAAGAGGAUAUACCUCAGUGAGAACCCAGAGGAAAUCGCAGCGAGAGUGAAUCAGUCGGCUCUGGAGGCUGUAACACCUUCACCGUCUUUCCAACAGCGGCACGAGAGUUUCAGACCGAGCACUCAAGGUCGAUCUAAAACGGGCCGUUCAGGCAGUCAGUGCUCCGCGGGCUCCGAGUCUCCGGCGCUGUCGUCUCUGUCUCUGGAUUCGCUGGUGGCUCCGGACACGCCCAUUCAGUUUGACAUCAUCUCACCCGUCAGCGAGGAGCACACGAGUCAGGCUAAGAGCGGCGCUCAGGGCAGGACCAACCCGUUUGGGGAAUCUGGAGGGUCAAAAUCUGAAGAAAGUGAAGACUCGAUUCUGCACCAGCUUUUCAUCGUUCGCUUCCUGGGCUCCAUGGAGGUGAAGGCCACAGAGAGCGCAGACGUCAUCUAUGAGACCAUGAGGCAGAUCCUGGCAGCGCGAGCCAUUCACAACAUCUUCAGGAUGACCGAGUCUCAUCUGCUCGUCACGUGUGAAAGCCUCAAGCUGAUUGACCCACAGACACAAGUCACAAGACUGCGGUUUCCUCUCUCCAGCGUGGUGCUGUGUGCGUCACAUCAGGAGAACAAGCGCUUGUUUGGGUUUGUGCUGAAGACGGCCGGAGGACGAGAGGACGGACGACCCGUUACAGUCUGCUACGUCUUUGAGUCAAACAAUGAUGGAGAGAAGAUCUGUGACAGUGUAGGACUGGCGAAGCAGAUCGCCCUCCACUCUGAGAUGGACCGCAAAGCCACACAGAAACAGAGAGAGCUGGACAAAGCCAAGGAGAAACAACAGGAAGAACUUCAUAAACAAAAACAGAUAGAGAAGGAUCUCGAAGAACAAAGCCGUUUGAUAGCCGCGUCGAGUCGACCCGGCCAACCAGCUGCUGAUGGACAGAUCUUGGUCCUUAGCAACAGCCAAUCAGAGGACAGCGACGCAGGAGAGGAGGGGCAGAAAAAGGGCGAAUCAGAGGCCUGAUGGACUUGGAAAUCCACGAAUAUCACUUCCUGUUCUUCAAGGGUUCUCCAGAAACAAUGUAAUAUGUGACUGCAAAAUAUGAUUUAAAAAAAAUAGAUGCGGACGCUUUAGGGAAAUCCUCUCAAGUUGUUAUUUGUAAGAAUCCUGUAUUUUUUACCAUAUCCGUUACUGAACUGCAUUUGCUUUUAGAGGGUUUUAUAAAUGUAUGUGUGUGAAUGAAUCCACUACCGUUCAAACUAAACCUGAGGAGACGUGUGAAUAAUAGCUGAUUUAAUACUGUUUGAUCAUGUUUUAAGGCUGCUGUGUUUUCCUUCAUAUCGCAUCACCGCUGACGGUGAAUUUCACAAAAUGUGUCAAGAACGUGAUUUAUUAUGGUAAUUCAAAUAAUAUCAAAUAUCGUAAUUUUCCUAAAACAGGCAUUUUAUUUAUGCACAUUAAUUCUUUCUAAAAUAUGAGCUGUUCUUGAUUAUUUCUGUGAGGUUCAUCCUACGGCAUUUCAAAAUGAUUUCAUGAGCUUAUAUUUUCUUUGUAAUUAACACAGUUCUGAUUUUCAUCUAUAGGCUGGUUUACUUUUUUUUUUUUUUUUUUUAAUCUGCAAACACACAUCUGUUUGAUUUAUUUUACUGAGAGUUUUGUAUUAACUCAGUGUUUCUAUCUCAACGCUAAGAAAAAAAAUUGUAUCUUUGUUUAAAAUCAUGUGAUCCAAUACCUUUAAAUUUUGGAUAUACUUUAAUUUUUGUUAUUUUUUAGGUAUAAGAUGUUUGGAGCCUGUAUUGCACAAAAUGGCCCGAUGUAUUGCAAUGCUUCAGCUUGUGGAUAAAAGAAACAUUUGAUGGAAUCGCAAACUGAAAUAUUCCUUUUUGCUUUUCUCCAAAAAUCUGACACGGUUGAAGUUUAUUUGAGAAUUAAAUACUGUUUCAUUCAGUGAUUUGGUUUCUUUGAUUGUUUGCAUGAAGUUAUGAACAGUCUUAAUGACUCAUAUUCUGAGACACUUUCAGUUCUGUUACAGUCUGUUAUGGAGUUUGAAGCAUUUGCAGCAUUUAAUUUGUAAAUGAUUAUUUCUAACCUUUAAGAAAAUGUUUGCAUCUAAAUGUCUUUAUACAAAAUCAGUUGAUGGAUUUAUGGGGUACAAUGAAGAUUGGUAUUAAAGUUUCUUUCAAAUCA